AUGGCGGCGACGAGUGACAAAGCUCGAUUCUACCUCGAGCAGUCGAUUCCCGAGUUGAAGGAAUAUGAAAAGAAAAAGAUAUUCUCCAAAGACGAAAUCGCAUCGAUCACAAAGAAACGGUCUGAUUUCGAACACAAGAUAAAUGCGCGCGGCCCAUCGCCUGCUGAUUUUGCCCGAUAUGCCGAAUACGAAAUGAAUUUAGACACGCUUCGAAAAAAGAGAGUACAACGGCUAGGAAUCAAAACCCCCGAGCACACGGGACAGAGGAGAAUUUUUUUCAUUCUCGACCGAGCAACGCGGAAGUUCCAUGGUGAUAUCAAUCUUUGGAUGCAAUAUAUCGAGUAUACUAGAAAACAAGGCGCGCACAAAAAGCUAUCACAAAUCUUCACCAAUGCUUUGCGGCUUCACCCUACUCAGGUUGACUUAUGGAUAUACGCCGCGCGUUACGCCCUAGAGGAACAUGCAGAUAUGACAGAGGCUCGUGGUUACAUGCAGCGAGGACUACGAUUUUGCAAAAAUUCGAAAAUAUUAUGGCUACAGUAUGCGAAAUUGGAGAUGAUCUAUAUUGCCCGGAUAGCUGCCCGACAGAAAGUUCUCGGCCUAGGUGACAAAGCCGCCAACGCAAAAGCUCAUCGAUCUAAAAAUGAUGUGGGAUCGGAACCGCUGCAAUUAACUAGUGAGGACGUCAACCCGGCGUUGGAAAAGGACGAAGUUGAUCAAACGGCGCUUGAAAUAUUGAACUCGACCCCAGCCCUGUCUGGAGCCAUCCCAAUCGCCGUUUUUGACGCCGCGAUGCAGCAUUUCAACGACGAUGACUACCUUGGCCGCGACUUCUAUAACAUCUUUGCCGAAUUUGAAGAAAUGCCCUGCUUGAAGCGGGUACUAUCCCAUGUAGUUGAUCGCUUGAUGAGGACCAGCACAGCAAGUGCUCGAUGUCAAAUUUGUUUUAUCAGGCUUCCUCUCGAUGGAAUCAAACCCACAUCUCCAGAAUUCCCUCGCGGUCUUGGGGAGUGUUUAAGCCGCAUGGAUGAAUUUGACGCAUCUGGCUCGGGCCCCGAGCUAGCAAAAGAAAUCUCCAGAUGGUUAAAUCCGUUGUUAUCCAGGGAUGGCCUCGAUCCAGCUCUUCGUCGAGUUAUAGAAGCUACGCUUGCGAGAGAAGAACAAGCAAUAGCUAAAUACUCUACACCAGGUGGAGAGAGGUGA